CGCUGGAGCAGCUUCUUCUGGAACCUGCACCGCCGUCAACAGCAACCAUGAGGUUGUGCGUCGCUAUCGUGUGUGCCGUGGCUUCCAUUGCCUUGGCCCGACCCGAGCCCCCGGUCAACCAGUACUUGCCGUCUGCGGGCAACUACGCCACCACCAGGGAGGACUCCUUCGCCCCGCCCCCAGCUGCGCUGUCCUCCACCUACGGCGCCCCUGCUAGCGCGUACUCCUCCCCUUCCACCACCUACGGCGCCCCUGCUAGCGCGUACUCCUCCCCUUCCUCCACCUACGGCGCCCCUGCUAGCGCGUACUCCUCCCCUUCCUCCACCUACGGCGCCCCUGCUAGCGCGUACUCCUCUCCUUCCUCCACCUACGGCGCCCCUGCUAGCGCGUACUCCUCCCCUUCUACCACCUACGGAGCUCCUGCCGCGGCCUCCAGGUCGACUUCCAGCUUCUCCAGAGGUUCCAGCAAGUCUCUCUCCAGGGCUGGAGGUCUCUCGCGCUCCUAUGGCGCCCCAGAUGUCGCCAGAACCAAUGCCAUCUUCGGCAAUGCUCUAGCGUCCACGUACGGCGCUCCUGCUGCCCAGUAUGCGGCGCCCUCGCCCGUGUAUGGAGUCCCUGGAUAUGCUAGAUACAACCCUGCUGAAGACGACAUGUCUGAGCCGGCCAACUACCAGUUCUCGUACGGAGUGCAGGACGCCGAGUCGGGCAGCGAGUUCGGCCACCUGGAGAGCAGGCAGGGGGACGCCACCUGGGGCUCGUACAACGUGCUGCUGCCCGACGGCCGCAAGCAGAUCGUGGAGUACGAGGCCGACCAGGCGGGCUUCCGCCCCAUGAUCCGCUACGAGGAGCCCCUGGCCGGCUACGGCCGGGGGGCGGGCGGUCCCUACUAGAGCCCUUGCUGCCGAGCUGCGGGCACGGCGAAUAACUAUUCUCGAACGAACACGAUAAACGAGUCUUAUUGGGACAACUGUCAGUUUAUUUGUAUAAUUUUUUAAAAUUACAAAAUAUAUAUGUACUAAAACUAAUGAUGACCCACAUAGAUGGUCUAGUUUGUAAUAGCUAAGCUAAUUUCUUAAACUUAUUUCUGUGCCUAAAUUAUAAUAUUCUAAACUGUCAGAUAUUGCACGACUUUCCAAAAUUUAUGGAGGGGGAAACGAUUGUCAUUGAAAGGGCCGUUUUUGUAUAAUAAUUUUAUUCACUAUAUAUUUAAUGUAUAUUUGGUGUGAAUGUAUUGAAUAUUAAUAUUUAUUGAGUUGAAUUGUCGAGAAAAUAUUGAAUGUGUACAUUUUUUACCGUGUGUUUCAGAACUAUAUUUGAUACAAUCCUAAUGUAUGUAAUGCAGUUUGUAUGAUGUUGUGAACUUGAAAUUUUUUAAUAAAAUACUGCAAAUAGAUAUGAUUCUUUAAAAA